UUGGGUGUGGUUUUUUAACGAUCUGUGCUUCUCCUUAUGCGAGAACGCACGUAUAUCUAGAUAUUAUCGAAUACUAGCGAUACAAGGAGGACUCUUAUUAUAGUCGUCGUUCAUAUAUGCAUCUACAAUCUUUGUUAUAUUGUGAGAUUGUUGUGGAUGGUUGUUCUCGUGGUGUGAAAUUGAUAUAGAAAAAAUUUCAUGUUCGAGGAAUUUUUUUAUACUGCAAAAAAAGCCUCAAAUUUUUUACUAUUCGAGACUGUUCUAGAGGAGAAAAGGAAAGAAAUAGAAAAGGUUGUCCGCCUGACUAGAAAUGGACCGGAUUGAUGAAACCCGUAGGGAUCAAAUUGCAGCACUUUGGCGAGCUGUGUGCGCUACAAAAUUCAACAGAGAGGACAAUGUUCCAUGCCAAAUUGAAGAGGGUCUUUUCCUGGGUUCCGUUGGAGCUGCAAAUAACAAGAAUGUAUUGAAAAGCUUGAAUGUCACUCACAUUUUGACUGUGGCCAAUUCAUUGGCACCUGCACAUCCAAAUGAUUUUAUAUACAAAAUUAUUGAUGUCCCAGACAGAGAAUCCAUAAAUAUAGCACAGUAUUUUGAUGAAUGUUAUGAUUUCAUUGAUGAGGCUAAUAGAAUGGGUGGUGGUGUCUUGGUUCAUUGCUUUGUGGGGAAAUCCAGAAGUGUGACUAUGGUUGUUGCUUAUUUAAUGAAAAAGCAUGGUAUGAACAUGUCUAGAGCUUUGGAACAUGUGAAAAGUAGACGACCACUGGCAUCUCCUAAUUCUGGUUUUGUUUUACAGUUACAGAACUUUGAGAAAGCUCUUCAAGUUUUCAACUUCUUCUGUUUGACGAGCUUGCAGGGAUCAAAACAUGAAGGACACAUGAAGUUCAGCACUUUCUAGCAAUAUGCGAUUGGUUUGUGUACUACUUUGGUGAAAGCUAACGAAAAGCAAAUUAAAAACAUAUAUGGAUAUUUCUGAUCAAGCUUGUUUCUUCUAUUUUCUUUUCUUCCAAUAAGUGAAGCUUAAAAUUGAUCUCUUCUUAUUCAAGUAAUUUUAGCUGUCCGCUCAAUUUGACUCUAAA